CGAUAGUUUGACAGUUCUAAUUCCUACUUGUUUGCUUGUUUACUUUGUCGAAGAAGAGUAGUGAAAUUAUUAAACGCGUUGUAUAUUGUUAAAAAAUAAAAUAAAAUACAUUUAAUGUACACAAAAUACACGUGAACAUUGCAAUGAUCAUAUAUUUAUAAAAAUAUGUGUUAAGUGCUCUUUUUCAUAUGAAACUUCGCUAGUGAAACUGCAAAGAAUUUACCAACGAAUUAGUUAAAUACUAUUACUAAUAAAGUGAAAAGAGUGAUAAAUAAUGUAAAUAUAUACGAUUCUUAACACCUCCGUCAAGUUUCACGACGAAAUUCGUGAUAAUUUUGUGGAAAUAGCCAAAAACCGAUUUAAUGGAAAGCCAACCCAAAAGGAGCCGGGCAUCACCAGAGCAGCUCACUGCCAUGAUUGACUUUUUUGUGGAAAACCCGGGUAUAUCCAGCGGAAAGUUCCAGCAGCUCCAUGGAAAGAUGCAGUCGCAGAAAAAGUGGGUGGAAAUGGCCGGUAAACUAAACGCCAUUGGAGGAGCAGUUAAGUCAGUAGACCAAUGGCAUACAGUCUGGCGGGAUUUGAAAAGCCGUACUAGCAUACGUGUGCGCGACCGGAAGAGGAAACAUGCUCUAACCGGAUACAUGCCCGACGAUCAGGCGCCCAUGACGAAGCUGGAGAGGCGCGUGGUUGCUCUCAUUGGGAGCAGCUACAUCGACGGCAACGAGUCGGUGUUCGAAAAUAUGCCUUUAGAAGAGGACUUACAGCUAGCUAUGGAGGACGGCGACGACAUAGACAUUGAAGGUAUGGUGCCGCUGUCUGAAGAUAGCAUCGGCACUGAUAUUCGAUUCCCCGAUAUACCUAGAAACUUAAACAGGAAACGUGCGGAAAAGGAGAGCGAUAUCCAGAAUAAAUUUCUGGAAAUCGCUCAAAAGCAAGCUGAAGCUAUGAAGAUGCUGGCAGAAAACAACGUCAGACAGGUGGAGGCAACCCUUUCGAUUGCGCAGGCUAUGACUGCAAUAGGGGAAGGAUUGAAAGCUUGCGCCGAGGUUUUCAACAAGCUUGCAAAUACUAUCAGCAAUUUACUGUAUUACGACGAACGGGCAAGAAAUCGAUUUGUUGCAAUUAAUCUUGAAUCAUAUCAUAUAAGAGUACUAGCAAAUGCCCGCUUUCUUCGCGGCGCCUAAUCAGAUCUUUUGCGUUGGCCAAUUCAAAAAUAGCGUUUAAAAGCACAAGCGGUCUGUAAAGUAAAA